UGGCGGACAUGUAUUUCAUCCCAUCAGAGUCCCAAGCGUGGGUUUUGCUUUGCUUGGAGAAGACGGGCAAACACCACCGUCCCGCCCGUUUCCAUGGCUUAUACGUGUUCUCUGUCCUCCCUGCUUCUCUCUCCUGUUCCUAAUAUCACUCUUCUCCCUUCUUCCUUUUCUUCUUCUUCUCUCCCCUUUCCAAGGCGCUCGCUUUUGUCGGUGAUGAAGUUUCGUGCCUUCGCCUCAGCUUCCGCUCCCUCAUCAUGCCCGACGCCCGAUGUCGUUGUCACCAGAGAGCAGGGGAAGAAUGCCAAGCUUAUUGAUGCUCUAGCGAAGCUUAACAUCCAUUGUCUUGAAGUUCCUCUUGUUAAGCACACACAAGGGCCUGACUUGAAUAAGCUUUCAUCUCUAUUGAAGGAUGUUAUAUUUGAUUGGAUUGUCAUUACUUCUCCAGAAGCUGGUUUGGUCUUCCUUGAAGCAUGGAACUACAAAUGCCUCAUGCUGGAUCUGGUGCUUAUCUAUCUAGUUAGGGCUGCCAGAUGUCCUAAAGUAAGAAUUGGAGUGGUUGGAGCUGGCACAGCAAGUGUCUUUCAUGAGAUUUUACUGUCACGUGAAAAAACUCUUGAGAUUGCAUUUUCCCCUUCAAAAGCUACAGGCAAAGUGUUAGCAGCAGAGCUUCCAAAUGAUGGCGACAGCACUUGUAAAGUCCUAUAUCCUGCAUCUGUAAAGGCUGGAAACGAAAUUGAGGAAGGUCUGACGGAUAGAGGAUUUAAGGUCACCAGGCUGAAUACUUACAGCACCGAACCUGUUCAAGAGGUUGACCACGCUGUUUUGAAGCAAGCACUUUCUGCUCCUGUUCUGGCCGUAGCUUCUCCUUCUGCCAUCCGUGCUUGGAUUAAUCUUGUUCCAAAGUCAGAGAGCUGGGACAAAUCUGUUGCUUGCAUUGGUCAAACAACAGCUUUGGCUGCAAAGAAAUUAGGCCUGAAGAACGUAUAUUAUCCUGACAACCCAGGUCUUGAUGGGUGGGUUGAAAGUAUUCUUGAGGCCCUGAGAAUGCAUGAAAAAGUAGAAAAGGCCCUUACCUGCUGACCAGAUGCAUCCAAGGAAUGUAGGCUUCUCUUCACCCCAAUGUGCUGCGUCUCAGAAUUUGGUUUAGGUUCAUUUCUUCCCUUCAACUUAAGCUGCAAUAACAUUUUCCUCUAAAACUUCAAGAAAUCUUAAUAGAUAGUUUCUUAUAGAAAAUGUGCUAGUUUUUUUUUU